GCUGCCGACAACGGAGACCGGGAGAGGGGGCCGGCUCGCAGAGCCCCUCUGACAGGCUCGUCCCAUAAGCAUCUUCCUACAAGGGCUCGUCCUAUUGGCUGCCGCCCAUCCUAUGGGCUCCCUCCUUCCUGCCCGGAAGACAGAGGCCCGCCCUCCCACCUUUCCAGCGCUUGUCCCUACGGCUUCGUUCGUCUGCUGCCCCCAUUUUCUAGCUGGGGAGUAUUCAGCUUUGUGGUGGGGCACUUAGUGUCUUGGGCAAGGGCUUUCCUUUAAGCGUUCAGGCGUGCAGGCGACACCUGCUUUAUCUUCACAACAGUCCUGUUAGGUGGAGUAAACUGAGUGAAAGUGUCCGACCCAAAGAGUUUCAAAUCCCUGCUGAGUUAAUUAUGUGAAUUUAAAAAAAAGUUUUUCCAUCUACUCUUCUAGAAUGUUCGGAAGCAGUGCUCAUAUUACAGUUUGCGCUUCUUAAAAAUAUAUAAUACAAAUAUUUUACAAAUAGUUGCAAAAUUAUUAUGGGAAACUGGGAUAGUUCUUUGUUGGUGAUGUCAUGGGCAUUAGCUAGUGGUUGUUAUGGGCUGUCAAGUCAUCUCUGAUUUAUGGCAACCCUAUGAAUGAAAAAUUUCCAAAACAUCCUAUCCAUCACAAUCCUGUUGAGCUCUUGUAAAUUCCAGGCUGUGGCUUCUUUAAAGAGUCUAGUGCAGACGGUUUAGCUAGUGGGAGCUUACUAUAGCCAGUGUUUCCUUGGCGCAAACUGAAUCAUCCUGAAAACCUUCAGUGAUGACAGCGAAGAUGGUUAUUCAAGAAAGGCUUUGCUAAAGAACUGGGUGUUUGUGAGGACCUGCAAAGGGAAGCAAUAACGAACAGAAGUUAUUCAAAGCCUAGGUGGUCAGCAUGGAGCAAGCACAUGGGACAUGAGAAGGAAGCCAGGAAGGAAGUGACUGUGGGUUUCGAAAUCACUGCAAGGAAUUUCACAUACAGAAGGCAACAACAAACCAUGUGAUGGCCUCCCAGGUCUGGCUGCCGCAGAAGAAUGGAAGGGACCCUCGUUGCCAAAAGGUCAUUUGGUUUGCAGUGUGUUGCAGAGUCAUCUCGCUUCUCCUCCAGGCACUUUUCAACCUCCUGAUCCCUGACCAUGCUGCAGACGCCUUCUCUCCACCCCGCUUGUCCAAGCCUGGGUCCUGCGACAGGCUUGUGGAAUGGCUCCUGGGAGGCCUGUCACGGUGGGAUGCCGAACACUUCUUGUUCAUAGCCGAGCAUGGCUACGUGUAUGAGCACAACUGUGCCUUCUUCCCCUUGUUUCCCCUGAGCCUACGAGUGGCCGCAGAAACAGCCCUGUGGCCCUUGCAGGGCGUCCUGUGUCUCCGGAGUCGCCUGCUCCUGUCUGCCGCUCUGCUCAAUGGCCUCUUCUCUGUCUUGGCUUCCAGCAUUCUGUAUGAGCUCAGCUGUGCAGUCCUACAGUGCCGCAGGAGGGCCCUCCUGGCAGCCAUUCUCUUUUGCCUCACCCCUGCUAACGUCUUUAUGGCAGCUGCCUAUUCGGAAAGCAUGUUUGCUUUCCUAGUAUUUGCUGCAAUGUGGCAGCUAGAGAAGCAGCGACACUGGGCCAGCAUGCUCCUCUUUUCGUUAGCCAGUGCUGUGCGUUCCAACGGACUGAUCAAUGCUGGGUUCCUGCUUUAUUUCCAGACAAAACAUGUUGCCUUCAAGCUCCAGAAGAGUGCAGAAUCUAGGAUAAAACUGUACCGCUUAGCUCAAUUCCUAAACUGGGCAGCUUCCCUGGUGGUCACGACUGCCUUUGUUUUCUUGCCUUUUGCUCUGUUUCAAUUCUAUGCCUACCUUAAAUUCUGCAAGCCCAGUGUGAGCCUGGACCGGACCGUGCCAAAACAGCUGUUGCAGCUGGCUGUGGAUAAGGGGUAUCGUGUAGCUGCCUCAAAUGAUGGGAAAGCCCCAUGGUGCUCCUGGGACCUCCCUGUACUCUACACCUAUAUUCAAGAUGUUUAUUGGAAUGUUGGCUUCCUCAGAUACUUUGAGCCCAAACAGCUCCCCAACUUCCUACUAGCUGCACCUACUAUAUUGCUGGGCUCAUGGGCAGCCUGGUGGUACAUUGCUGCCAACCCUUGGCACUGCCUAACACUUGGCCUGGUUGGAAGAAAGACUGGAGGAAUGCAGAAGGACUCUGGCAAGCCGGCUGCUGGCUUUUCCUCUCCUGGUGUAUUUGUUUACAUGGUUCACUCAACAGCUUUGUUGGUGUUUGGGACCUUCUGCAUGCAUGUACAGGUCAUUACCAGAUUUUUGGGUUCCUCCUCUCCAGUCCUUUAUUGGUUCUCUGCUCAUCUACUUUAUGACAAUGAAAUGCUGCUACAGACUGAAAGUCCAUCUUCACAGCAUGAAGUACUUCCCUGUGAGAAGCACUCAUUAAGAAGCUCUCCUAAUUGGAGCAGGAUGGAAAACCCUGUGUUGGCACUCCUAAGCAACUGGAGACAGAGUGCCACUCUCACCAAGGGUAUUCUGGGAUAUGCACUUUCCUAUUGGCUGCUGGGGCUGGUCCUUCAUUGUAACUUCUUUCCUUGGACUUAAGAAAUUAAAAACUGCUAUGGAUAGGCUGGAUGAUGAGAGCAGUAGUAGGCAGGAGUUUAAUUAGGAUCUUCUGCUAAAUCCUCCUGAGAUCUUGUAUAAUAGGACAGCAUACAAAAGCUUUUAAUCAAUCAGUCAAUCAAUCUUGGGGUUAUCUGAAGUGGAUCAGCAAAGAUGCCUAACUGCCAGUGGCUCAACAGUAGGAACAAAAAAUGGCUUUGCAACAACAUGUGAAGGACCGUGGGCCCAGUUCAGUUCUAGCACUCGGAAUGAGAACCCGGCAUAAGAGCACCCAGAUCAGUACACAAGAACAGUCGUGCUGAAAUGUCCAACUAGAUGAGCAUUCUGUUCACACGGUGAUCGACCUGCUGUCCACAGGAAACCACCAGCAGGACACAGUAGAAGAGUACCCACCUGCUCAUGUUCCCCAGCACCUGGUAUAUACAUAGGUAUAUUGCUUCUGAUACUGGAGAUGGCGUAUGGCCAGCAGGACUGGAGUAUAGCCAUUGCUAGAAUUCUCCAUGAACUUGUCCAUUCCCCUUUUAAAGCUGUCCAGAUUGGUGACCAUCACUACCUCUUGUGAAAGUGAAUUCCAUAGUUGAGCACUGUGUUGAAGAAAUACUUUUUCUCUGUUCAAAAUCUCCCAUCAAUCAGUUUCAUGGGAUGACCCUGGGUUCUAGUAUUCUGAGAGGGAGGAAUAAUGUCUCUCCUUACUUUCCUUUUUUCUAAGCUAAACAAUCCCAAAUGUUGGGACUGUUUCUCAUAGGGGAGUUGUUUUAACUUCUUGAGCAUUUUAGUCGCUCUUUUCUACAUUUUUUUCAAUUCUACAAUUUCUUUCUUUAGGUGUAAGCAACCAUAACUGUACACAAUAUUCUAAAUGUGUUUGCACCAUAGAUUUAUAAAAGGGCAGUAUGAUACUGGCAAUUUUAUUUCCAGUUCCUUUCCUAAUUAUGCCUGACAUGAAGUUUGCCUUUUUCACAGCAGCUGCACAUUGGGUUGACAUACUCAUCAAGCUCUAACCAUAACUGCAAGAUCUAUUUCUUGCUCAGUCACCACUAGCUCAGAUCUCAUCUGCUUAUAAUUUGGAUUUUUUGCCCCAACAUGCAUUACUUUACAGAUGCUUUUGCCAUUUUGAAGCCCCCUCUCUGAGUCUGGAGAGUUGCUUUUGGAGCUCCUAACAAUCCCUUUUUGUUUUAAGCACACUAAAUAAUUGAUGUCUCCUGCAAAUUUGGCCACCUCACUGCCCACUCUGAAUUCCAGAUAAUCUCUAAGUAAGUUGCAAAGUAUUGGUCCUGAUAUAUAUCCUUGUGGGAUCCCACUGCUUAUAUGCCUCCAUUGCGAGAAUUUACCAUUUAUCUUACUCUUCGUUUUCUGUACUUUAACUAGUUCCUGAUCCUUAAGAAGACCUCUCCUCUUAUUCCAUAACUAAGUUUGCUUGUGGGUACUUUGGUGAAUGACUUUGUCAAAAGCCUUUGGAAGUUUUUGGCAAGUAAACCAUUUGUUCACUCCUGUUUAUUGACCCUCUCAAAGAAAUCUAAAAGAUUAGUAAGACAGAACUUUCCUGUGGAAAAACCAUGUUGAUUCUUUUUCAGCAGGGCUUGUUCUUCUGUAAAUGUACCAAUUUUAUCUUAAAUGAUGCUUUCAAAUUAUGCUUUCAUCUAAUAUACCCAGAACAGAUGUUAAGAUCAUCUGCCUGUAAUUUCCCAGAUCUCUGGAUCCCUUUGUAAAAAUUGAUGUUGCAUUUGCCAUUAGCCAAUCCUCUGGUACAGAGGUUCAUCUUGGUUCAUCUUAGGGACCUAUUAUAUAUGUUUGUUAGAUCUCAGUGUUCUAGUUAAAAACAAGUCAGGCUUGUGGGAUCUACAUCUGCUAUCCUCUGAACUAACAGAAAGAUAUAGCAGAACUGAUUAUUAGAGCAUGUGGCACCCUUUUGCUAGAGUUUCUCUGGCUUCCAGUUGGUUUCUGGGACCAAUGGAAAGUGAUGAUCAUUAAAAUCCCUAGAUAGCUAAAAUCGAGGCAUCUAAAGGACUGUCUCUUCUCAUAUAAGCUUACAUACUAGUUAAGAUAAACAGGAGAGGCUCUUCUUCACAUUCUAUCUAGUUUGGACACAGGACAGCAUUCUCUAUGGCAUUGCUCAGUCCUGGAAUCCCCCUACUUAAGAUGGUCCAUCUUCAUCUUACUCCUUCUCUAAUGGUUCUUCCACCAUCUUAUGAAGACCAUUCUUUUCCAGAAAGCAUUUGGCCUGCUGAAAUUAGGCUUGUUUUAUUGAUUCUUUGGAGAAUGGUGUUUUUAAAUGUCACUCCUAUCUGCUGUCUCCAUUUUUAUUGUUAAAAAUGAUUAAACUAUUAUCAUGUUCUGUUGUUUUAAUAUUAAUUGCCUUCAUUAGGAAUAUAUCAUUUUGACAAUGAAAAAUACAAAAAUGUGGAUAUGACUUUAGGAAGAAUGGCAAUAUCCAGAUGGAGAGUCACCUUCUUCUUUUGAAAACCGUACAGGGAGGAUCAGUCCACAAGGCUGCCAGUUCACUUGAGCAGCAGGCUGAUACUGCAACUUCACAAGACAAGGUUUCUUUGCUGUUGGUGGCUCAUAUGUGUUAGUGUGAAGACGUGAAGCAGUAUCAACAAUCUCUGUUGCAGUGUUACAGGCUGGACUUGGAGGUGCAAGGUUGUGGAUUCCACAAAGAAACCACUUCACCAAGCAAGAAAAAACAAACCCUGCAGUAGUAAAUAUGAAACCAGAAUUGCGGAUAAGUAAACUCAAAUGGAAGAAUACUUGUGUUCCUUCUCAAUAGAAGUAAGGAAACAAAAAGCUUGUUGAACAGAACAAGGUACCUGCUUCAAAACAUCCUGCACCAUAAAAGAUAAGAAUAUUGUCCAUUUUCUUUUGUAGGAAAUUCUAGUGGAAGACUUGUAGACUUCAUUCACAAUAUCCCAAAAUGAAGUGUGAACAGUCUAAGAGAGCCAGCCACAGUCUCCAAGCAGUUAGCUGGAGUGUUGCUAGGUCUGAUUGUUGGAUCUGACCCCAAUCUGACAUGAACAGAACUAGUAUGGAGGGAAGAUGAUGUAGGCAUCAUCAAACCAUGACUGCCUCAGCCACCAGGGAGCAAUUAGAGAGUGCAGUUGGUGCCUUCUGCUUGAAUCUUUGCAAGCACCCUCAUUAUCAGGAAGAAGCAAAGAAGACAGGUAUGUCACAAGUACAUGCACUUCUUUAUUUUGUUUUGAUAAGGGGUGCCAUCUUAAUAUUUCCCUCUCUUUCUCUCAGUAUGUAAUGCUGCCAUUUAGUUUAAUAAUUCCAAUCAUCAUAAUCAACCUUUUCCUCAAUAUUGUGCCCAAGUUACUUGACUCUUUCAUUGGACUAUAUGGUCCUGAGGAUGAGACACUAUUACUCAAACAGCCUAUGACUUGGAGUUGACAAUAAACAAAAAACUUUAUUUUUACAUUAAGCAUAUUGGUUUCAAGAUGUUCAGUAGCUUAUUUCCUUAGUGAAUAAACCAGUGUAUAAUAACAA